AUGGCUCAAUCUGAUCGAGUUGAUUUGGAGAUCCAUGAUCUUCACUACCAUCCACUAACUGAUUUGGUGAUCCCUCACCCAAACAGAUCACCAAUGGAAGGUACCACUGCUAAUGACUUGCUUCUUCUCUAUCCAUCAAUAACAAAAGGUAUUCCUCUUUACAUAUGCAAUCCGAUGACUCGUGAAUAUGCUGAGCUCUCUUACCCUCUUUAUAUCCCCGAGCGUGAGUUAAAAUUUGGAUUCGGUGUGAGCAAAUUAAGUGGGGAGUAUAAGGUGGUCUGCAUCAAUGCGGACAAUGGUUUCAACACUCACUAUGUAUACACCCUCGGAAUAGGGAAAUGGAGGCGCAUUGAAGCCGGGGCUGCUUCUGGUUACAAAUUUUGGACUGAACCUCUUUUAUGUAAUCACAACCUCCAUUGGGCGGUUAUAGAUUUGUGGUAUAACAAUUCUAUUUGUGGUUUUGAUGUUGAAACAGAACGUUUUAGCGUCUUCUCUUUUCCUGCUAAUGGAUAUGGAUAUGGGGAUUUGUGUGUUUUGAGGGACCACUUGUGUUAUUGUUACACUUUUGAUGAUGAUUUUAUCAUAUGGAUGAUGAAGGAAUACCAAGUUGAAGAAUCUUGGACUAUAGAAUACAAGUUGGGUCCAAUAAUUUGUGAUUUUGAUUGGGAUUUUAUGCUUGUCGAACCAUUCAAAGUUUUCAAAGAUGGUGACAUUUUGAUGUUGCUAGACAAAGGUCGUUUCAUCUACUAUUCCAACAAGACAGGAACUUUUGAAUUUGUGGAUAUGUUUAAGGAUUUAGAGGCGACGGAUUUUGUCACUCCCUUGAUUCUCAAUCCUAGCCUUAACUCACUCAAAAAUUUUGGAUUUAAAAAUGUGAUAUCCCUUUAG